GUUCCUCUCCUGAAACAAUGACUGCGUUACUUUAGCGAGGACUAAUAGACAUUUGCUGGUAAUGCAAAUUCCUCGCUGGGAAUCCAGUAACAGAUAAAUCCAAUCGCCCACUAGCCCACUCGCCCCUAUCCCCACACGCUCCGCCGGUUCUCCCCUUCCCCCACGGCCGACCGCCGCGCUGCUCCUCCCGUCCCCCGCCGCCGGCGACGGGAGACCACCGGCGCCGCUCUUCCGGUCCUCCCCUUCCCCCACGCGCUCCUCCCCUUCCCCCGCCGCCGGCGACGGGAGGCCACCGGCGCUCUCCUCCCGUCCCCCUCUGCCGAGAGCGGGCGCAGAUCCGAGAGGACAUCAGGGCGGCGCCCGCCGGAGCUCGGGCGGCGCGGAUCCGACGUCGCAGCGGCCGCCGGAGCUCAGGGAGACACAGAUCGGCGCGGAUCCGACGUUGCGGCGGCCGCCGGAGCUCGGGGAGACAGAUCGGCGCGGCUCAGGCUCCCCAACGAAAAUGGUAAUCCUUUGUGGUAGCCACAUUGGCAUCACUCCUGCCUAUUCCCGAUUUUCAGAAAGAUGGUUAUCAGAGAAUGACAGUCCGAGAAUGUGUUAUAAUAUCCCCAUAACUAGAAGGAAACUCAGAAAGCAAAACAGAUGUCAGCGGGUGGCUGCUUUAUCUAAAAUUUCUGCACUACAAGAUCCUGUUGCCUCUGUGAAGCCUUCACGUCUUCUGCAAACAGAUGAGCUACGCAUAUUUCGCAGCAAUGUACCUGAAGAGAUAAUAUCGGCAGUCGAAUUGGAAGAAUCUGAUGCAUUCUACAUGCUAGAGCUUGGCACAAGCAGAGAAUUUAGCUCAUCUUUGCUAGAUAAGAAUGCUGCCAUUCUAAUCUGUAUAAUUGAUGCCGAUGGUGAUUCCUUGUUACAAAGAGUACCAGCAAUCUAUUGGGAUCAUUCCGCAGAAGGCAGAAAGGCAGAGCAAUUGCUUCCCUUCCAAAGCGGUUCAGUUGACACUGUCACCUUUAAAGGAUCUAAACUGCAGAGAAUUAAAGAAAUCUGGGUCGGUCUUGAGUCAGGUUCAUGGAGAAUAAACAAUUUAAGCUUGAAAGUUAUCCAUGGACCAUUGAAUACACCUCCAGACCUGGAGGCGACACCUGAACUCAAGUUCAAUGGUCUGCAGUACACAUUUGACAAAAUCAGCAUGCUGCUUGGAGAGGAUGGAACUUCAGUUGUGGAAGCAAGGCCUGUGGCUGUCACUGAUCUGUCGGGAAUUAGCCUUUCUGAUCUUCAAGAGGGGCAGUUAUCCUCAGCAAGCACAACUUCAAGCAUCCUGGAAAUGAAAGAGGAUGGGUUGAAAGAGUAUGCUGAUCUCAAGCAAUCGUUGCUGCUCUACGAUCUCGCCAUUGUGAUUACAGGUUUCUCUGCCUUCACCUUGGCUUCAAAUGACAGUGCUGCCUACUCGUUCCUUGUUGGUGGCAUCGGAGGAUUUCUCUAUUUGUUGCUGCUCCAAAAAUCUGUUGAUGGGUUACCAGUGCUUAGUUCGCCAUCAGAAGCUGGCAGUUCCCAGCCCUCUGUUAAAGGUUUCAGUGGCAUAAGGAGGCCAUGGCUAAUAUUGUCAUUGUUAAUGGUUGCUGGAGCUGUUGCAUUGAAGUAUGGUGCUGGCGGUGACAAAAUCGAACUGACACCAGUCGAGCUAUUUGUUGGCACUGCGGGAUUCCUGGCGAACAAGGUUGCUGUUCUUCUCGCAGCAUUCAAACCCUUUCAAAGUAGUUUGAACACUGAAGACCGAUCUGGUGACUCACCCUAGCAAGACAGCUCUGACCAUACUAGGAUUUCUAUAUUACCUAUACGGUAUGUAGACUGAUCCAUUCAGAUAUUCUGUAUAUUUCAACAGAUCCAAUUGGUAGUUUAUAGGUUGACAUCGUAUAAACAUAGUUAUUGCUUCGAAACACAUGAAAGAAAAUGAUAGCGGUAUCUACUUCUAGCAGAACAUUAUAUUCUUUUCUGUAUAUAAAGUGAUUCCAAUAUAACAAGCAUGUAGCAGUAAUACAGUAUCUAUGGCUUCUACAAGAAUAAAAUUCGCUUUGGUACUGCUUUAAUACGACAAGCAGGUAUGAAUUUUCCUCCAUUUCACAAUCUACUUAUGUCUUGAGAUUGCAACGACAUAAGCACAUGUUUCUGUCAUGUUCUCUAUGUCUGAACUACAGAUGUUUAGAGUCCAUAUUUGCUGGAUGAUCAAUCUGAAAACCUGAACAUGAUUAUCAAUUAUUUGUACCCGCUAUCUAGGCGGUUUACUUUAGUCAAACACAUUGUUUAUACUUUUAAUUAUUUGCCUUGCCGUAGAUCUGGUCACCGACCAUGCUUAGUACAAAUUACAGAUACCCAGUACGCUGCAUUCCUGGAUGCCGCAUACACCAUUGACAAUAAUGUGCACACUACAAAUUAAUUUAUAAAAAAUACUGGCAAAUAGGCAUGCACAAUACAUGAUUAGGAAGCACAUUAAUGAGUAGAAAAUGCUGCAAUUACUAUCACUCUAAGUAUCAAAUGUAUACUUAUAAAGAGCCGUUUAUCUCCCAAAAUGCCGACCGUGAGCUCUCCUGUAAAAAUGUCCAUUGUUGUAGAUGGACAGCCCUAGCCUCCUUGCUUUAUUCUUUCAAACUUACUUUACUUCAUUUGAAAGCUUUCAGCCUCCAUGAUAUAAGUUUCCUGAUCUAUAGCUAAAAGUUCUUUUUGCUGGGGGUUGACAAGCUUGCAUUGACAACAAUGAAGCUGUUUGUUGGCAUGACACUGAAGGGUUCCUGGUGAACAAGGUUUCUGUUCAUCUUAUGGCAUUCAAACCCCUGCGGAGUAACUUGAAGGCUGAAAUCAGAUCUGGAGACUGCACUUUGUUGACCUGCUUUGAAUAUACUAGCAUUUUUUGCUGUUGCAACAGAGCAUGCAGAUUUUGAAACUGAAUUAUAGCUCUGUUAUGCAGGAGUGAUAAUGUGUUAUUGUUUUGCCACUGACUAUAAUAACUGGCAGGAUAAUGGAUUGCAUCAUUUAGGGGUACAAGUUCCAUUUUCUUCCUCAGCACUAUCGUUCCUACAACAUUCAUGUGGUUCAAGACUAUCAUUUGUUGUUUACAAUAAUUCUGAUGGUAUUCAUGUGGUUACCUUUAAUGGCGCUAAUCGUAAAUAUAACUAAACAGAUAUGGAUUAGUCUUGCAGAGUAAUUUGAAGACUGAAGACAUUUUUGGGGGACCGAAUUAGUCAGGCUCCUUUGAAUAUACUAACAUUUUUAUAGUCGGUAUACAGUAUCAUGAUCUGAAUGUUAAUUAUCGAAGUGCCAGGGUAAAGUUUUCAGAGGGAAAUGUAUACCAUGCCUGAUGAGCCUAUACCUAGCUUG